ACGACUUCAACAGCUGCAUGUGUAACGACUUCGACAGCUAAGGUUUGACAUUUCGGCGUUGAUGGAUAUCAAGUCACAAACAACAUGGAAGUAGAAUGUUUUACGAAACUUUGAACCGCUGUUAAUUACAGUGAUGUCUGAUGAGGGACCCAGCCAUUUUUGAAUCAUGGAAAACUGAAGUUUACGAAGAAGGAGAACUUUCCUUGUGUGCAGCCCAUCGGCAGCAGGAUUUUGCCGGAACUUUGGAUCAAAAUGCAGGAAUCGAGCCAAAAAGAUGCAAGGCGGGAUAUCAACAGUCUUGAAGUUUAGCCUAUCCUCAGCUUCCAAGUUGAGGAAAGUACAUGUAGGAGAAGUCUAGUCACUGACAAGACUCCUGCGACCACACCCACAUUUGACUUCCAAGUAAGGAAAGUACAUGUAGGAGAAGUCUAGUCACAUUGACGGGACUCCUGCCACCACACCCACAUUUGACUUCCAAGUUGUUGACUUUCAUAAAGUCAACAUGAACGUCAUUCGCUAUUACACUAUGACCACUAUAAAGAAGUUGAUGGUUCUUCUUGUAGUUUUGAGCCUCAUCUCAAUGUGGUUUCUUAGUUACAGCGUCUUGCCACUGAAAGGAGAAAAUGAUAAAUCACUGCAUAUGAGACUCCCAUCGAGUCAGUCUGUGUCAAACACGGAGACAAAAGACGGGCAUGCUUCCAAACGGCAACCCAGUAAACACUCCCCAGAUCGGGAAGGAGAUGAAAGUCAUGUAUUACCGUCAGCGCUGGUUAUCAUCGAACGCUCGGAUUCAGUGUUUGCGUAUAACAUCACCAGCGCCCUCGAGGCCAAUAGAAUUGACUUUACGGCGGUGCUUAUUAAAGAGCGACACUGGCCUAGAUUAGAACACAAACAGGUCGGGAAAUUCUCCGUCAUUAUUUUUCAGGGUAUUCACUUGUAUUUAGACAUGGACAAGAACUUACUUCAAGCUAUUCAUCAGUACUGCAAAAAGUAUAGCGUUGGAAUUAUAUUUUUCGCCGUUGUGAGAAAAACUGACGAAGCUUACACAAGACAGAUCGGUGAUCUUCCAGUGUACAUGGAUCAGCGGCUCAGUUUGAAAGAUCUCGUUAUAAGCCCGUCGGCUGACGAUGUUUUAUACGUGACAAAAGCUGGCCAGCGUAUCAAUGAUUCGUUACCGUACGACGACUGGACAGUGUUUAGAACUAAACAUACCUCUUACAGACCAAUCGUCCAAGCCAAAACUUUAAGUCAGGAUCUACUGAAAUUGAAUUCACCCGCCGCUGUCCUGCACACGACGAUGUUACUAGACGAGGGAAAUUUUGACGGUAUUCGAAGAAUAUUUAUCGGCAAUGACUUGAGAUUCUGGCUUCACUACAUCUUAUUUUUGGACAGUAUUUCUUACCUCUCGCACGGACUUCUCAAGACGUCUCUGGACAGAUACAUCCAAGUCGACAUCGAUGAUAUUUUCGUCGGAGCUAAAGGAAUCAGAAUGACUGCACCAGAUGUGGAGGCGCUACUCUUACAACAAGACAUCCUAGCCGAGAAGAUUCCAGGCUUUAGUUUCAAGCUUGGCUUCUCGGGAAAGUUCUUCAAACGCGGAAACGAGAAAGAGAUGGAAGGGGACGAGGCCUUGGUGAAAAACGCUCAGAAAUUUUCCUGGUUCCCGCACAUGUGGAACCACGCCCAACCCCACACGUUUGACAACCAAACGCAACUUGUUAAUGACAUGAAGAAGAAUGUUCAUUUUGCUAAGACCCACCAGAUUGUUGUAGAUGAAUCCUAUGCCAUAGCACCACACCAUUCAGGAGUCUACCCAACCCAGUUGAUUCUCUACAAUGCCUGGAAGCAAGUCUGGGGAAUCAAGGUUACCAGUACGGAGGAGUACCCCGCCUUGAGACCAGCGAGGAAACGGAAAGGAUUCAUCUUCAAGGAAAUCAUGGUUCUUCCAAGACAGACGUGUGGUUUAUUCACACAUACCAUCAGGAUGAAAGAUUACCCUGGAGGAAGGGAGAGACUUGAUGGCAGCAUCCAUGGAGGAGAGCUCUUCCAAACCAUCGUUAAUAAUCCAAUGAACAUAUACAUGACCCACAUGACAAACUACGGCAGUGACCGUCUGGCGUUGUACACCUUUGACAAGGUAGUCAACUUUGUGGAGAUGUGGACCAACAUCAGACUCAAAGCAGAAAAACCAGUCAAGCUUGCCAAGAAGUAUUUUGAGAUCUUCCCCCAGGAAAAGGAGCCGCUGUGGACAAACCCUUGUCAAGACAAACGUCAUUUAGAGAUCCGACCAGAGAAGCCAAAGUGUACCCAACUUCCAAACUUGCUUGUGAUUGGACCACAGAAGACAGGAACAAGUGCAUUGCAUUCCUUCCUGUCCAUGCAUCCCAACAUCUAUAAGAAUCAACCCAGUGAAGAAACGUAUGAAGAGUUGCAGUUCUUCUCAACCACUAGGACGUAUCUUCAAGGGCCGGAAUGGUAUAUGAAUUUCUUCCCGCAAGUUGAGGAUUCCACGACGGCUCUUCUAUUUGAGAAAAGUGCCACCUACUUUGACAACGCCAACGCCCCCUUAAGGGCCUACUCUCUCCUACCGAAAGCAAAACUCAUCGUUAUUUUAAUCGACCCGGCAAAGAGGGCUUAUUCUUGGUAUCAGCACGAGCGAGCCCAUGCAAACCCAGCGAGUAUGAACUACACUUUCUACGACGUCAUUUCAUCAGGGACAGAGUUGGGUAGACAGGUUGUGUCUCUCCGCAAUCGAUGCCUAGACCCCGGAAAAUAUACACAGCAUUUACAGAAAUGGUUACAAUACUAUCCCACUGGCCAGCUCAUGGUGUUAGAUGGUGACUUGUUAAAAGCCGAUCCAGUGGCUGCCAUGUUUAAAGUUCAGCGAUUUCUACACAUGAAAAAAGUUGUGGAUUUUAGCAAGAGCAUUAUCUAUGACGCAAAGAAGGGUUUUUAUUGCCCUGUGGUGACUAAAGGUCAUACUAAAUGCCUCGGCAAAAGUAAAGGUCGUAUCUACCCACCUAUGGACUCGGAGUCAGAGAAGUUUCUGCAGCAUUAUUAUCAGAGUCACAAUGUUCAGCUAGAGGCUUACUUGACGAGUAUUAGCCAGUCUCGACCGGCGUGGCUAAACAAAGCUCUAACGGAAAAUACAAAAUGAAAUCUGCCCACUGAUCGGCAUUUCUUUAGGGCAAAACUAUCGAAACUAACUGGUGUCUGAUGUUACUUGAUCUGA